AUGGAUAAGGUCAGAGUUGUCAACUACAUCUUGGGACUCCUGGGUUUGUUACUACUGCAGGGUGUGAUAGAUGUGCAAGGAAGGAACUUAUUUAACACAGGUAACCAUGUUUUGAAUCCCAAAGAUGACAUAGAUAUCCAGAGCAAAAUUCUAUCACUGCUUCUGCACAAAAGCUUAGUUCCUGUUGAAAAGAAUGACAGCCCAGGUCUUGAACUGGUUGAUAAAUUAGCUGAUUUAGAAGAGUUGGAGGCACUGAGGGAUGAUCUGGAACUGGAGAAGGAAAUCGCAGUCAAUUUAGUAGACAAACCGAUUACGAGGAAGAGGGGAGAACCUUGUUUCUGGAAGUACUGUGUGUGAGAUGGGACUCUGGGGUAUGAGGACCACUGUGAAAUC